AUGCGACGGAGGACAAGGCCCAUGACGCCAAGGACGGUGCGGCCGGGGGUAUCAAGGACGCUCACGGUCUGCCUCUCCGAUUUCACCAAGACUCUCGCCGAGAUCACUGCCACGGAAGACUCUGCACAGUCCGAGUACGAGGUUACGACCCAGGACAACAAGGAGGCGAAGAUCGCGAAGGAGCAGUCGGUCAAGUACGAGACCAAAGAGGCCGCGGAGCUGGACAAGGCAAUCACGGAGACCGCGGCGGACCGGGCGACCACGCAGUCCGAGCUGGACGCCGUAUUGGAGUACCUCGAGAAGCUCAAUGACAUGUGCGUCGCCAAGCCUGAGACGUACGCGGAGCGGGCCGGCCGCAGGGCCGCGGAGCUGGAGGGGCUCAGGAAGGCCUUGGAGAUUCUCGGCUGA